AUGGCCGUAUUCCAAUAUUUUACUGAUCCUUUGCUAUCACCUGAAAUUAACAAGUUGUUAUUUCUUGAAAAUAAAAGCUUCCUAAUUGGGAAGUUAUGUCCUUGUAAUAUUGUAUCAAAGUUAAAGAAUAGCCCAUUCCACAUAGUGAUUUCACCUGAAUUGGAUCCAGAUAAUAGUCUUCUUCCAUCUGGUAUCCAAACUAUGCUAUUUACAGGACUUCUCUGUUUAUUAAUACACAUUUGCAUAAAUUGUAUUGGAUAA